AUGGCUGGGGACCGAGAUUACGAUGGCUACAACCCGAAAAGGAGGCGAUUGGACUCAUCGCGACCGCCUCACAAGUUUCAAGAUGGAUCUCGGGGCUCAACACCUCGAGCUCAAUCGAGUUACGCCGCAACGCCUACCAGAGAAUCGGAUAACCAAGGGCCUGACGAAGAAGAUAUGUUAGCAUUGGAUCGAGACUGGUACGGAGGCGACGAGCUGGGCGGACACGCAUUUGGCGAUGAUACUCACAAUCCUUUUGCGUCGUAUGAGAUUUCCGCCUGGGAGAGCCAACAACAAGAGUCAGCCAAGGCAGAGAAGAUGGCGAGCCGCUACGACGCCAGACAAGAACAACGCCGCAAAGAAAAUGAUGCCUGGGAAACAAACAGAAUGCUGGUCUCUGGCGUCGCCCAGCGAAGAGAUAUGGCAUCAGACUUUGACGACGACGAGGCAACCCGAGUACAUUUACUGGUGCAUGAUCUUCGACCACCUUUUCUUGACGGACGAACCAUCUUUACGAAGCAGCUUGAGCCAGUUCCAGCCGUAAGAGAUUAUCAAAGCGACAUGGCGGUGUUCAGUCGCAAAGGUAGCAAGGUUGUUCGAGAGGCCCGGCAGCAGAGCGAGCGCCAAAAACAGGCUCAACAAGCAACGAGUAUCACCGGCACAACAUUGGGCAACAUCAUGGGCGCAAAAGAUAACGAUGAAGAUAGCGCAUUACCUGGGCCUGGCGAAGAAGAUGCCGAGAAGGGGGAAUCCAAGAGCAACAAGUUCAGCGAGCACUUGAAUAAAUCCAAAGGUGCCAGUGACUUCAGCAGAACCAAAACGCUUCAAGAACAGCGGCAGUACCUGCCAGCCUUUGCGGUCCGAGAAGAGCUGCUUCGAGUAAUCAGAGAAAAUCAAGUCACCAUUGUUAUCGGAGAGACGGGUUCGGGAAAGACGACUCAGUUGACACAAUUUCUGUACGAGGAUGGCUACGGACGGACAGGCAUGAUCGGCUGCACCCAGCCCAGACGUGUCGCUGCCAUGAGCGUGGCGAAGCGCGUUGCCGAAGAGAUGGAUGUUGAGCUGGGCACUACAUGUGGUUAUGCUAUUCGUUUUGAAGAUCACACAAGCAAAGAGACGGUCAUCAAAUAUCUGACGGAAGGUAUCUUGCUCAGGGAGUCUCUCAAUGAGCCCGAUCUGGACAGAUACUCUUGCAUCAUUAUGGAUGAGGCGCACGAACGGGCUCUAAAUACUGAUAUUCUGCUGGGGUUGUUCAAGAAGAUUCUUCAACGGCGUCGAGAUCUCAAACUCAUCGUGACUUCAGCAACGAUGAAUGCGAAAAGAUUUUCCGAUUUCUUUGGCGGUGCUCCAGAAUUUACGAUUCCGGGACGAACAUUUCCUGUCGACACCAUGUUUCAUCGGUCACCAGUUGAGGAUUACGUGGACCAGGCAGUCCAGCAAGUAUUGGCUAUACACGUUUCCAUGGAUCCAGGAGACAUUUUGGUGUUUAUGACUGGACAGGAAGAUAUUGAAAUUACAUGUGAACUGGUUCAGAAGCGGUUGGAUGCACUGAAUGAUGCGCCAAAACUGAGCAUUCUUCCCAUUUACAGUCAAAUGCCGGCAGACCUGCAAGCCAAGAUUUUCGACCGGGCUCCCCCAGGGGUACGAAAAUGCAUUGUGGCCACGAAUAUUGCCGAGACGAGUUUGACGGUCGACGGUAUCAAGUAUGUAGUCGACGCAGGAUAUUCGAAAAUGAAGGUGUAUAAUCCCAAAAUGGGUAUGGAUACGCUUCAGAUCACGCCAAUCUCCCAAGCCAAUGCUUCACAGCGCUCCGGUCGUGCGGGCAGAACAGGACCAGGAAAAGCAUUCCGCCUUUACACUGAGAAAGCCUUCAAGGAGGAGCUCUACCUCCAAACGAUUCCCGAGGUCCAGCGUACGAACCUGUCCAACACGGUUCUAAUGCUAAAGUCGCUGGGUGUAAAGGAUCUGCUCGACUUUGAUUUCAUAGACCCCCCUCCCCAAGAUACGAUUUCCACGUCCAUGUUCGACCUCUGGGCACUAGGUGCUCUAGACAAUUUAGGGGAGCUUACGGAAUUGGGACGCAAAAUGAGUGCCUUCCCCAUGGACCCAUCCCUGGCUAAGCUUCUCAUUACUGCAGAGCAAUAUGGCUGCAGCGAAGAAAUGAUAACCAUUGUCUCCAUGCUUUCCGUCCCCAACGUGUUCUAUAGACCAAAGGAGCGGCAAGACGAGGCAGACGCUCAACGAGAAAAGUUCUGGGUACACGAGUCAGAUCACUUGACAUAUCUGCAAGUAUACCAGGCUUGGAAGGCUCACGGCUUCUCAGACGGCUGGUGCAUCAAACACUUUCUUCAUUCCAAGUCGCUGCGCCGCGCCAAAGAAGUCAGGGAGCAAAUUGUGGACAUUAUCAAGUCCCAGGGAAUGGAGAUGAACAGCUGCGGUAUGGAUUGGGACAUUAUCCGAAAAUGCAUCUGCUCAGGCUACUAUCACCAGGCGGCGAAGUACAAGGGUUCCGGCGAAUACAUCAAUCUCCGGACUAAUCUAGCUGUUCAACUUCAUCCUACAAGCGCACUUUACGCCGGCCAUCCUCCCGAUUACGUGGUCUACCACGAACUCAUUCUCACUUCGAAGGUCUACGUGUCUACCGUCACGGCAGUUGAUCCCCACUGGCUCGCGGACCUAGGAGGCGUGUUCUACUCGGUCAAAGAAAAGGGGUAUUCUAUUCGGAACAAACGCAUCACAGAAACCGAGUUCAAUCGCAAGAUGGAAAUCGAGGCGAAAAUGGCAGAGGAUAAGCGGAGAGACGAAGAACGCAAGCAGGCAGAGGAAGAGAAGGCAGUGGUUAAGAAGAAGCUUCCUACGGAUGGGAAGAAGAUUGUCACACAGGGAGCCGUCAAGAAGCCUGUCAUUAAACGAAGAGGCAGGGGGUUUUGA